AGCAGAGAAUGUGGAGGCCCCGACAGAACAGAAGGUUUCUGUAAGAGUGUCACAGGGGGUCGGGAUUUCCUGGUCGCACAGUCCCGAGGAGAAGGCCGGAGAGUGGUGCUCCGUGCCUCACAGGCCAUGGUCGGAGCCUCCAGUGGUGCUCACAGCUCACACUUGGGAUUGAAGCUCCCAGUCGCCACCAGACCGCCCAGGGCCGGGACAAGGACCGCCGUUCCUGCAGCGGCUCCUACUCCCGCCGCUUCCGCCCCGCUCAGCCCACAGAGGGCAAUGGCGGCGCCCCCGCUGAGGAGACGGGCUGAGGUUGGCGUGACCUUUGAGGACAUUGCCCUGUACUUCUCCAGGAAGGAAUGGAACCUUCUUGAUGAGAGUCAGAGACAGCUGUACCUGAAUGUGAUGCUGGAGAACUUUGAACUUCUAUCCUCCCUGGGUUGCUGUUGUGGAGCAGAUAAUUUGGAGGCAGUGACUGAACAGAAAGUUUUUGUAGGAAUGUCAAAGGCAAGGAAUCCCAAGUUAACCUUGUCUUCCCAGAAGAGCCACCCCUGUGAGAGUUGUGGACUAGUCUUGGGAAAUAUUUUCCACGUGAUGAAGGGGCAGGGAACACAACAUAGACAGAUACUGUUGAGGUGUGGGGCAUGUUCACAAGGAUUUUAUUUCAGUGCACAAUUACACCAGCAGCAUAUGAGAGACACUUUCAUUAGAGGUGUGGACAGGAUCUCACUUGCAAACAGCUGCAAUUUCAAUGUGUCCCAGAAUCGUUUCACAUGCGGGGAGGUUGGGCAGGGUGUCCUUACCGAGUCAGGACAUCUUCACCUAAAGGCUACUCAGACCAGGAUCAGUCCAAAUGCUAUUCCUACAUGUGGGAUGAUGUUUCAAAGGAGAAGAAAUUAUUACACCAGAAAAGAAUGUAAGACAGACAUUAGUUGCAACCACACGUUUUUUCAGGAAAAGGAUGUCCAUGCAGGAAGUCAAUGCUUUGUGUGCUCUGAAUGUGGGAAAGGUUUUUCCAGUAGAAAUGGCCUCCGUUAUCAUCUGAGAGUUCACAGUGGAGAAAGGCCUUAUGAAUGCAAUGAAUGUGGGAAAUCUUUUCCCAGAAGCACUGACCUUCGUCGUCAUCAGAGAGUUCACACUGGAGAAAGGCCAUAUCAGUGCAGUGAAUGUGGCAAAGCUUUUAGCAGUAGUAAUAGCCUCGGCGAUCAUCAAGUUUUGCACACUGGACAAAGGCCUCAUAAGUGCAGUGAAUGUGGGAAAGCUUUUACCAGUAGCAAUGGCCUCCAUUACCAUCAGAGAGUUCAUACUGGAGAAAGGCCUUAUGAGUGCAGUGAAUGUGGGAAAUCUUUUACCAAGAGCACUGCACUUCAUCGUCAUCAGAGAGUUCACACAGGAGAAAAGCCUUAUCAGUGCAGUGGGUGUGAGAAAUCUUUUGCCAGUAGCACUGCCCUUCAUUAUCACCAAAAUGUUCACACUGGAGAAAGGCCUUAUCAGUGUAGUGAAUGUGGGAAAUCUUUUCCCAGUAGCACUGCCCUUCAUUAUCAUCAAAAUGUUCACACUGGAGAAAGACCAUAUCAGUGUAGUGAAUGUGGGAAAUCUUUUACCAAUAUCAGUAACCUUCGUUUUCAUCAGAGAGGUCACACUGGAGAAAAGCCUUAUAAAUGCAGUGAAUGUGGGAAAUCUUUUUCCAGUAGCAGUGACCUUACUUGUCAUCAGAGAAUUCACACUGGAGAAAAGCCUUAUAAAUGUAGUGAAUGUGGGAAAUCUUUUACCACUAGGAAUGGCCUUCGUUAUCAUCAACAUUUUCACUCAGGAAAAAGGCCUUAUCCGUGCAGUGAAUGUCAGAAAUCUUUUAACACUAGCAGUGAGCAUUGUUGUCAUCUGAAAGUUCACACUAGAGAAAAGCCUUAUAAAUGCAGUAAGUGCGGAAUAUCGUUUAUCAGUAGCACUGCCCUGCGUCGUCAUCAGAGAUUUCACACUGGAGAAAAGCCUUAUAAAUGCAGUGAAUGUGGCAAAUCUUUUACAAGAAUUGAUAGCCUUCAUUGUCAUCAGAGAUUUCACAGUGGAGAAUGUCCUUAUGAGUGCAGUGAAUGUGGGAAAUCUUUUACCAGGAGCAGUAGCCUUCGUAAUCAUCAAAGUUUACACACUGGAGAAAGGCCUUAUCAGUGCAGUGAAUGUGGAAAGUCUUUUACCACUAGCACUGAUCUUUUUCGUCAUCAGAGAGGUCACACUGGAGAAAAGCCUUAUAAAUGCAGUGAAUGUGGGAAAAGUUUUACAAGGAUUGAUAGCCUUCUAACUCACCAGAGAUUUCACACAGGAGAAAGUCCUUAUGAGUGCAGUGAAUGUGGGAAAUCUUUUACCAGGAACAGUAGCCUCCGUAAUCAUCAAAGUUUUCACACUGGAGAAAGGCCUUAUGAUUGCAGUGAUUGUGGGAAAUCUUUUACCAGUAGCAGUGACCUUCAUUGUCAUCAGAGAAUUCACACUGGAGAAAAGCCUUAUAAAUGCAGUGAAUGUGGGAAAUCUUUUAACAGUAGCACUGUCCUUCAUUGUCAUCAGAGAAUUCACACUGGAGAAAAGCCUUAUAAAUGUGGGAAAUACUUUACCUGGAGCACUGCCCUUCAUCGUCAUCAGAGAGUUCAUACGGGAGAAAAGCCUUAUCAAUGCAGUGAAUGUGGGAAAUCUUUCAAAAGUACUAAUGGUCUUCAAUAUCAUCAGAGAGUUCACAUAGGAGAAAGCCGUUAUGAGUGCAAUUAACAUGAGGUAUCUCUCAGCCAAAUUUAAAUUGCUGUGCACAUAUGAGUCCAAAUGUGAGAAAUUUCUUACAUGCGUAGGAAAUGUAGUUUCUUAGUUAGGUCUUAACAAUAGUAUGAGAAAAUUCGUGAAGUCUCUUUUGUCAGAAUUGUAUCUCAUACAUUUAAUCACCCACAUUAUGUAAACUCCCCAUAAGUGUUUUUGCUGUUGUGUUUGUUUUUAUGUUGGAACCAUAUGUAUCUAUGUUACACUUUCCAAUAUACAGAGACUUGUUGCCGCAUUUAUAAGAUUUAUGUCACUGUAUACUUCUGUUGCUGAAGAUAUUUCACUGAACCACCUAUAAGGUCCCGACAGAUGGCAUCAAUCACCAUCCUCACGUGCCCAGGGAAGCUAACUCUGUUGUCUACUUUGUCGAAGAAAAUUAGGAAUACCUGAGCCCUUGGUUCUUAAUUAUUUUCCCUCUCACCAGUUGGCACAUAGGACUGAUUAGUGUUGGCACCAGAAAACAGUAUUGCAGAGGGACUGCCAUUCUCAAGGUCACACUUUUCCUAGAUGCCAGUGAUGAAUUUAUUGAGUGCAUAAGUCAUCAAUGCAAGAAUUGCCAGUCUCCUGUCUCUUUCCUUUGUAAAAUAAUGAUGGCUUUUUCCUAAGGCUUCUUGAAUCUUGGGUAUUCUAUUUAUUCUGUGGGUUAGCUUAUAAGGAGAUCGGGGCUCUCCAAGCAUGAUGAGGUGCAAACCUUUUAUGGGGUUUCAAACAUUCUUUGCUUUUCAGGGAACAAUAUGGUGCAUAAAUUAGCUCAGCAGUGUUUGCCAAAUUUACACUGCUGCCCAUAAUUUCCUAGGAAACACUGUGGCCUCUGUAGUACUCAUGUGGCGAUGGAUGCUUUGGGACACAGUGAUCACUCCUCAGAGGGGUUAGCUGUGACAACCACGAAUAUAUCUUCUAGCAGCAUGAAUUUUUUUCUUGUUUUCAAGGGAUGCCCAUACACUUGAAGGUAAUCUCUUGCCCAGGUCUUGCAGAGGGCCAUGUGCCCUAAUGCCUACAAUUCCAUGGGUGAAGGUCACUGGUUGGAGAACCAUCACAAUUAAGGGAAACCCUUCCACUGCAGAAAUACUGACCUAAUGAGUUUUGGAGGGGAUUGUAUCCCAUUAGGUGGAAUGUUCCUCAUCUAAACAUGCAUCCAGGAAUGUUUCCGAGAAAAAGACUACAGGAGCGUUGUGUACAUAGAUGUGAGGAUCUGCAGGCAUGUUUAUCUUCUGUGGAUAUAGUCAUUGUCAUUGAAUAUAAUCAAGAGGUUUUG